AUGUUUGGCUCUCCUCCAACUACAUACAAGGAACAUAGUCCCAGCAAGGUGAUCGGCCUGGAAGGAGUCGUGAUUUCCCUAAUCGUUUGUGGACCCUUUUUCACUCUCGCUUUAUCUGACGACGGAAAAAUUUACUCAUGGGGAGAAAACAGCGAAGGCCAGUUGGGAAAUGGGACUACCGAGUUUGUCGAGAGCCCAACCAUUAUCUCAACAGAGAUGGGAAGGGUUAGAGAAAUUGCUGCCACUCUAUACGAGAGCCACCCGUGCACUGCAAUCACCAAAAAGAAAGAGGUUUACAUCUGGGGCAGUUGCAAUGGUCAAAUUGUUUUGAAACCAUUGCUCACUUCCUUCUCGUCAUUGGACGGAGUUUACGCUGUUGCCUCUCCUCAAGUGACCUACCAACAAUUUCAAUUGAAAAUUGCAAAAAAUCAGAGCAUGAAGAAAGUCUCGCUAACUGAGCGAGUAAGAAAGGCGUUUGACGAUCCUGAAACUGCUGACUUUGUAUUCAUUGUCGAGAAGAAGAAAAUCCACGUGCACAAAAAUAUGUUGAUAUUUGGAAGCGAGGUGUUCAAGAAUUUGUUCCUUAGAGUUUGGAAUGACAGUCGCAAAAAGGUGCGGAUCGCUGAGAAUCGUCUCAGCUAUGAAGUCAAGGAACACAGCUAUGAAUCUUUCUACGCGUUCCUCAAGUACUUCUACACUGAUCAAGUUGAUUUCACGCCUGAACUUGCUCUUGACGUGUAUGCCACAGCCCGCUUAUUUCAGGUGGCAGAUCUGAUGGACGAGUGUGAAAAGAUUCUCAAAUCUGGCCUGACAGUGCAAAUCGCUGCUACUGUUUAUGAGAAGGCAAUUUUGCUCGGAGCCAAGGACCUGUGUGAGUUCUGCUUUGAAUUUUGCAUGGAGCAUUUGGUUGAUGUCUUGAACAAUUUUGAGUCUGCUGACUGCAAGAGAAAAAUCGUCUUGGAAGUUUUCCGUGUGGCGGCUAAUCAAAAGUAA